AUGAACUUCAACGUCUGGAACAUCAAGGAGAUGCUGAGCACACCGACAGCCCUCGGGCCCAAUAAGUUUUCCAUGAGGAGCAGCACUGCCAGUGACUACUCGAGCCUGAGCGAUUCUCAGCUGCUCUUUGGCUCCCAGUUCUGCCCGGAGAACGCGCAGUCGGCAGCGGCACCGCUGGAGCUGGGCCAGCAGAACUCCCAGGAUAGUGAGCCCAGUAUUUUUACCAAAUACCAGACAAAACCACAGUUAUUUGAUGAAGAAACAAGAGAAAAGGGUUCUCUUAAUUUUGGUGCAGGAAGAGCAAAAAGUGUCUUGGAAAAUUUUGAAGUGAAUAAGAACAAAAUAAAGGACAAAUAUGAUCGUGAAGUCCUAAGCACCUUUAUUUCCAGCAUCAAAGACAAGCUUCAAGAGCUGCCAGUGUGCUUCGAGAAGUUUGAAGAAAUGCUUGAUUCCAAACUCAAAUCCAGUUUGGUUGGCCUAGAAACCCUUUUCAAGACAUUGGAAGAUGCUCUUCAAAGUCACUGCAGCUUGGUGCUGAAAGCUUUGACAGAAAAAAGCCAAAUGGAGCAGGCACUGCUGGAGAUGGAGAGGAGACUUGCAGCCAAAGAUGCUGAGAUUUUGGAUAUGAAAUCCAGUAUGCAGCUGCUGAAGGAGGGUCUGGAGUCCCUGCCAGCCCAGCUGAAUGACCAGUUCCUGAAAGCAUGUCAAGAACUUGGCUUCCUGACGCCGUGUAAUGCCUCAGCUGGGCAGCACACGCUUUUGUCUAGUGCCAGCCUGGCCCCUCACACGACAGAUAAAUCUUUCCAGACCUCCCCUGGGCUGUGCCAGUACUGUGUCCUGAGUGAGGAGCACCUGCACAAGCCAUGCUGCCCAGGCAGGGGAGUUUGCAGCUGUUCAGGCUGGUCUUAUUUCCCCUGCGUGACAGUGGGACAGCAAAACAGAGCCUCCCCUGGAGGGAACCAGCUCACUGGAGAUGGCACAUCUAAGGGUGACCUAAAGCCAGCCUCAGAGGACAAAGCCAGCCCCAUUGCUACAGCAGCCAGUGGCACAGCAAACACCUUUUUGCAGGGGGUGAAAUGCAGCCUGGAGACACAGAGCUGUGCUGCCCAUCCUUGCAUGUGCUGGGCUGGCAGACACUUUUUGGGGAGUAGUCAGAAGAAACAGUGUCCUGUACCACUGGAAGGGCCUCUACCAACCCCCCUGAGGAAGGCAUUCAGGAGAGGCACUCGAGGGUUUAAACCCCUGGCACUAUCACAGCAGCAGCAGCCUCAAGUUUGCCACCAUUCUACACAGAAAGCUACACCUGGGCAAAGACACAGCAACUGGCCCACAAACCAUGAGGUGGAGAAGGCAGCUGUAGGGAACAAAACAAAACUGAGUCCAGGAAGGAUGUCCUGGAAAAGAGCAAUAAGGAGAAAGACAACGUACUCCACUAAGGGGAAAGGUGAAUGCUCUGGAUGUGCUGACAGUGGGCUGAAGCAGAGGAAGGCAACUGGGAUUAUUGACUUGGAAAGCUCCAGAAAAAAUACCCUUCACAGCUACUUGGUUGAUCUCAAUUCAGAAAACUCUGACCUGAUUUUUGCAGCUCCCCAUCAGCAGAUCCUCAGCAAUACUCAGAUGGGGCUUACAAAGAAUUUCACACCAGUGCCACACUCUGAUAAAAGCCUGCAACAACCUGAAAGCAAAAGAAAGAGAAGUCUUGAAAUUAAAAAAACAAUGAAUGUUUCCAGUAUAAAAAGGUAUCUCCUGGAUUCCUCUCCCGAGGAGAAUGUACUCUCCCUGUGUAGCACAACAGGUGUAAAGCAAGUGAGCUGCUUCGGCCUCCAAAGCCCCUCAAGCUCCAAGAAACCACACCCUGUCAAUCCACAGGCACAGCAGAAAACAGCCUGUUGCUCUUUACUGUUAGAUUGUGAUUCUUCUGAUUGA